AUGACGAGGCUGGACCCCAGGGCUCUCCCGAUGCCGCGGUCAGCAUUCUCAGAGACUGGCGGGGACAGAGAGCGUGCAGGACCUGGAGCUGGACCAGCCAGUCCCCCAGUCCCUUCUGACUCUCAGAUUCUAGACGUGCUUAACUUCCUUCGCUCUGGUGACCUGCCCCCACGGGACCGCGUGCGGGCAGUGUACAAGGAGGCCCAAUACUAUGCCAUUGGGCCCUUGCUGGAGCAGCUAGAGAAUGUACAACCACUGAAAGGGGAGAAGGUGCGCCAAGCAUUCCUGGGGCUUAUGCCCUACUACAAAGACCACUUGGAGCGGAUCGUAGAGAUCUCACAGCUGCGGGCUGUCCAGCGCAAGGCCCGCUUUGCCAAGCUGAAGGUCUGUGUCUUCAAAGAGGAGAUGCCCAUCACACCCUACGAGUGUCCCCUCUUCAACUCCUUGCGUUUUGAGCGCAGUGAGAGCGACAGCCCCUUCUUUGAACACCACUGUGAAGUGGAUGUGUCCUUCGGGCCCUGGGAGGCUGUGGCGGAUGUCUAUGACCUGCUGCACUGUUUGGUCACGGACCUCUCUGCCCAGGGCCUCACGGUGGAUUACCAGUGUAUUGGGGUCUGCGACAAGCACCUGGUCAACCACUAUUACUGCAAGAGGCCCAUCUAUGAGUUCAAGAUCACAUGGUGGUGA